ACAACCAUUUUUUAAAGGUAAAAAUAUAUAUAGGUGACUGACAAACAACUAAAUAUUUUGUAAUCCCAAAUCUCAAUAGCAACCAAACAUGUUUAAUGUUUAUACUAGGUAUAUGUAUUUCAGUAUUUGUAAAUUUAUUUGCUCAUUUUUUGUUCGAUUUCAAGCAGAUUAUAAUAUUUUGGUAAGAAAUUUAUACAUAAUAAUAUAAUGUCUGGUGUAUUUAUUAUUUGUUUUCCUUUUUGGUUUCAGAGAUGAUCAGUUUAAUCUGCGACAUUGCCGGCGAGGCCAUUUUGUAUGGCCUCGGCCGGUUUAUAGAUUAUGCCAUAAGGCAAAAUCAAAACUCGAUCGGCCGCAGACAAGAAGCGAGGACGUCGAAGGCCGAUAACUGCGACGCGGUGGAUGGAAAUCGUUGCGAAUAUGAAGUUAUAAUGCGAGCUCUUCGAAAGCUCACCACUCAAAAAAUUGUAACUGAAGAUACUACUUUAUUUAUGGGACUCGUCGGUGAUUUGUUUAUUGCGUUAGACGUGCCCCGAACACGUGAAUUAGAAUUUGAAAAUCAAAUUCGUCAAGCUAUGGUUGACUUGAAACUCCAGCAUAAGAAUAAUUUCAUUCUCAAGGUCCUAAAAAAUAUAUAUAUAUAUAUAUAUAUUAUACGUUCUAUUGAUGGUAAUAUGAGUUAUUAAUCUUAUCCUCGC